CAUAAAGGACAAUUUGUUUUUAAUAAGAGACAUCAUUGAUAUGUCAACCUUUCAGGAGAUGGAUCUUGGCCUAUUAUCUAUAGACCAAGAGAAAGCUUUUGACAGAGUGGAUCAUGUAUGUUUAUUCAAAACUCUGAAAGCGUGGUGUUGGUGACAGUUUGAUUUCAUGGGUGAAGUUGUUGUAUUCUGGUGCUGCUAUUGUUUUAAAAGUGGGCGGUGGACUUUUCCUUGUCUAUUGAACCACUUUUGAUCAAACUCAGACAUGGUUUGUUGGGACUGAAGAAAGAAUAAUGUCAGAGUUUUCAUUAAACAACAAAAGGAUGUCGUGGUUCUUAUUCAGAACUUAUCCCUUUUUGAGAGUGCAUUAUCUGCAAAGGUAAAUCGGGCUACAUAUAAGGGCUAAUACUGACUCAGCAUUCACACUAAUAAUAAAGAUUUGGAUAACAGUAGACGACGAGAAAAUUGCAUUUCCUGCGGAAAGUGCGUUUCAAUGCUGAACUGAAAUAUAGAAAGAGCUCAAAUCACAUGCCUGAAGAAGCUCAAAUGCACUGAAAAGCUAAAUUGUUAUACUGUCAGUAAACAUUAGACAGUUUGGCUUCAGAGCAUGAUUAAAAAGCCUUUGAUACCAGAGGUGGCAGCAGUGCAGAAGUCCUGCUUCAUCCUGCUCCACUACAGUAUGUCUAACGUCACCACCUGGUUCUUUGUGGACCUGGCUGCUUCGCGGCCCAUUGAUCUGCUGUAUGCUGUCCACAUCCCAAUGACCUCCUUCGCCCACCUGCUCAAGCCUGUACGCCUGCUGCGUCUCCUUGGUGUGCUUCAGAAAGUGGAUCACUACUCUCAGUACAGUGCCGUGGUGCUGAUCUUGCUAAUGUCUCUGUUUGCCCUGCUGACACACUGGAUGGCCUGCAUCUGGUACAAGACUGGACACGUGGAGAUAGAACGAGUGGACCUCGCACAUUGGGUGGCUCAAUGAGCUGGGCAGACGCAUGGAGAUGCCAUACAUCAACAGCACGAUGGGCGGCCCGUCAGCGCACAGCGCCUACGUCACUACCCUUUUCUUUACCGUCAGCAGCCUGACCACUGUGGGCUUUGGCAAUGUCUCUGCCAACACCAAUGCUGAAAAGAUCUAUCAGAUCCAUCUGCACCAUGCUUGUCAGCGCGCUGAUGUACGCCCUGGUGUUCAGUAACAUGUCGGCCAUCAUCCAGCGUAUGUACUCACAAAUUUCUCUGUACCACACACGCAUGAAGGAACUAAAGGACUUUAUCAGUGUCCACCGUCUGCCCACCAGUUAAAACAACGCAUGAUGGAGUACUUCAGGACCCCAUGGUUGGUCAAUAAUGGUAUAGAUGUUAACAAGCUCCUGCAUGACUUCCCUGUUGAGCUG